GGACGAGAGACCACCCCACUUUACUGGAUCGGAUGCUACAGCAUCCAAACUGCCUGCUAACAGCAGAUGGAUUCCUCCAAGUAGUUUGAAAAGAGAUGUUCCAAUUCCUGAUGAUAAAAAUGAUGCUACAUUUCGUAAAGUUAGAGGAAUACUCAAUAAACUUACACCUGAGAAGUUUGAUAAGCUAAGUUUGGAACUACUCAAUGUGGGUAUAGAAACCAAUACCAUUCUCCAUGGAAUUAUUUUAUUGAUAUUUGAAAAAGCUCUUGAUGAACCCAAGUAUAGUUCUAUGUACGCACAGUUAUGUCACCAAUUAUGUGAAGACGCACCAAACUUUGAUUCCUCGUCCUCUAGUGUAACUACAUUUCGUCGCCUCCUUUUGAAUAAGUGUCAAGAUGAAUUUGAAAACAGAUCACGAGCUACAGAAGCUUUUGAUCGUAAAGAUGGACCCCUCACACCUGAAGAAGCUGAACAAUAUCACCUGGCCAAGAGGAAAAUGCUGGGAAAUAUCAAGUUCAUUGGUGAACUUGGUAAACUUGAAAUGCUGCAUGAAGGAAUUCUACACAAAUGCAUUAAACAGCUUUUGGAGAAGAAGAAAAGUGUUCCGAUCAGAGAUAUGGCAGAAGACUUUGAAUGCCUCUGUCAGAUAAUGAGAACAGUUGGGCGUCGUCUUGAUACAUCUAAGGCAAAGUCAUGGAUGGACCAAUACUUUGAAAGGAUUAGAAGUUUUUCACUGCAUGUGGAAUUACCUUCAAGGAUUAGAUUUAUGCUUCAAGAUAUAGGAGAAUUGAGGGCUAAUAAAUGGGUUCCAAGACAUGUUUCUAAGGAUAAUGGACCAAGAACGAUAACUGAGAUACGUCUUGAAGCAUCUGAUGAAUUUGGUGAGUACAUUCCAACAAAACAAGGAAGGUUUACAGGACAUGGACAGAUGAAUGGUGGGCUGCCACCACAGUGGGGGAAUAAUCUGACAGAUCUGUUUGGAAUGUCAGGACCAGGAAUGGUUAUGGGGACAAUAGGCACAGGGACUGGACCGGGGGUUAUAAAUGAUUCACCAGGAUACAUGCCGAAACAAAAACAACAGGGACAGGGAUAUGUCAACUACAACAAACAAAAUCAGAACAUUAUGGGAAGGACAGGGAACCAGAGACAGAAUGGUACUACAGGGCAACAGUCAGGGAGACUGUCACCACAAGCUCAACCUACACAACAGCAACAACAACAAAGGAAACAAGCAGGUCAACAAAGUAGGGAUCUGCCACCAAGAUUUGCUGCUAAAUUGACACAACAGCCGACUCAGAUAACACCACCAACAACCAACACACAAGUGCCACCAAUGGCCAUGAUGAAUGGUGUUGGUGGAUCCUACCCACAUAAAGAGGAGAUCAGUUUAAGGCCUGCCAAAAACUUCAAUGUGUUCAAACCAACAUCACCAAGCAAUUUACCACGAUCUGCGCAGGGGAUUCCACCAACAAGUCAGAUGAGUAAAAUGGUAGUCACACCACCAGAGCCACCUAAACCACUGCUCAAUAAACAGCAACCAAUCACUAUCAAGCAGGAGAAGGAGAAGCCUAAGCCAGUUAAAAAGAUUGUACCUAAUAAAGAAGAGGUGGAUAAGGCUACAACUAAUAUUCUGACAGAAUAUCUGGAGGCUGGUGGAUGUAAUGAUGCUUUAAAUGCAUUUAAGGAUCUCAAUUGUCCUAAGAAGUUCAUGGGAGAAGUUUUGAUGAAUAUGAUGAAAGCUUCUGUGGAUAAAUCAGAUACAGAAAGAGAAAAUAUUAUGGUACUGAUAACUGCCAUGAAAUCUGAGAAUCUGAUGUUGGCUGAUCAGUUCAUGGAGGGAUUCCAGAUGUUACUGGAUCAAAUGUCAGCUAUGGAGGCUGAAAUUCCCUUAAUUAAAACUUACCUUGCUAAGUUUGCUGCUAUGGGAGUAACAGAGGGGGUAAUUACCCUGGCAGAAUUGGCAGACCCAAUGGAGAAUGGUGCUUAUUACCCCUUGUUUCUCCUCUGUCUUCAACAGAUACAUAAAAUAAAGGACAAGAAAUGGCUGGUGGCUUCAUUUAACAACAGUAAAAUUAAUCUGCAGAAAAUGUUGCCAGAAAUCGAUCAGAAUAAAGAGAGAAUGAUGGAGAUAUUAGAGGACCGUGGACUGAGUUUUAUGUUCCCAUUAUUACGUGUGCAAUCAGAGUUGUGGCGACAGAUCCAGGCAGAACCAAAUGCCACUGCUCUGUACAAGUGGAUAAAGGAUAGUGUUGAUACAAACCUCCAAUAUACCACAGGAUUUAUUAAUGUUUUAACUGCAUGUGUGUUAAAAUAUGUGACCCAGGACUGUACUUUGGGGAAGGAUAUAGAUACAUCUGCAACUCCAGACAAGACUGGAAUAGAAAAAGAAAAACAGAACCUUGAUAAAAUGAAGGGAGUAUUACAGAUGUUUUUACAUGAUCAUUCAGAUCUCCAGAUGGUCACAUUGUAUGCUACACAAGUGUUCUGCCACUCACAACAAUUCCCCAAAGGGAUGUUACUAAGGUUGUUUAUGAACUACUAUGAUUUAGAGAUAGCUGAUGAAGAGGUGUUCCUAAAAUGGAAGGAGGAAGUAAAUGAUGAAUAUCCUGGUAAAGGAAAAGCUUUGUUUCAGGUUAAUACUUGGCUAACCUGGCUAGAACAGGCAGAAGAAGAAUCAGAUGAAGAGGAAGACUAAAUGUUACUUUUCACAAAAGAAUGCAUUACAGGGAGAUAAUAAUUUUACAGGAUUAAAAACACAUACAGUGAAAAAGGAGACAAUUCACAAAUUGGAUGAUAUAUUUACUGUUAUACAGGAAAGUUCAACCAGCUGGCUAUUUAUAUUAAACUUGAAAACACUGUGAAAAACAAUUCUUUUGUUAUAACUUUUUGACAUUUUAUAUAUUUAUACAUAACUCUAGCUGACUUGGCAACUUUCCUGGAGAUUAAUGCUUUGUGAAUGGCUCAGUUAUUAGCAGUUCAAGAAAACAGACACAUGAAACGUUAAUAGCUAGAAGAAAGACAUUUGAUCAUAAAUUAAAAACUCAAAAUUUCAUAUUUCUUGCUUGAACAGUAUAUAUUGCAGUUUGGGUCAAAAUAGGAUUGUAAGUCUGGAUAUUUAUUUAGUGAUUGUGUGUGGUAAAAGUAGCAGAUAUGGAUGGCUUUAUUUGACCCAUGACGCAAAAUGUUCUGCAAGUGAAUUUAAUCAUGAAAUUGUCGAUACUAACAGAAAACAGAUUUUAUACUAAUAUAGCUUUAUAUUAUGAUUUAUUAUUUUUUGGAAUAUAAGGAUCUCAAAAAGCAUUUAUAUGUAUGUUUUUGUUAAGCAUUUAAUUGCUGAAUUAUAGAUAACUGUCAGAGAAAUUAAAAUGAAAUAUUAGUUAGAAUUUUUAAGUAUGAAAGAGUUAAACAAUUGUGAAAAUGAUUAUAGGCGAUAAAUAGAAAUUUAUUUGUACACUGCUUACCUGCAUAUUUUUACACUGCCUUGAAAGAAUUAUUGUUCAUCAGUAUAUUUAUAUAUGUUACUCUCACAUGUCUCAUCUCUGAAAAAAAAAAUGUCUGAAAAAAAUAUAUGUACAAAAACAUGUUCCAUUUCAUUCAAUUUAUGUAUAAAAAAAUUUGUAAAAAAAAAGAUAUCCUUGUUUACUUUAGCAUUGCUGUUACACUUGCUUCAUAAUUUCACACUGUUCUCCUGUUGUUGGAGUGUAAGACACAUUCAUAUCAUUGGAUUGUAUCAUAACACUCAGCUUACAAUAGUACAUUCAAAGGUUUGUUUUUAAAAAAGAUUAAGUAUUAUAAAUGAUAGGUUAUGUGUUUAGUUCUCAUUUCAGUACAACCUUGUAAAUAUACAUUAACAGAAUACAGUGCAGUUAAGAUGCACUGCUUAUGUUUUGACGCAGAAUCAAUUUUGUACUUUUCUCAAUAUUUGUUAGUUUCAAUUUGACCUAUUGAAGGAGAUAUAAUUUGAAGGUUUACAAUGUUCAAGAAAAAUAACAUAACAUUUUUAACAGAAAUAAAGAGAUAAUUUCUUCCAUAUUCCUUAGUUUGUCACUCAAGUUAACUUUACAAAUCAUUAGUGAGUUUAAUGUUAACUAUUCUAAACCAUGCAGAUAUUUUUGUUGUAAGGGAUUCCAAAGGUAUAUUAGUUACAAAAGUAACCAUUUGAAAAAAGACUCUUGAUUUUUUCCAUUAAAAUAAGGGUCUAUGUUUUUAGACAUUGAAGGAUGAAUUUAUUUUCUGAAUGGAAUUUUUAGUUUUACUUUAGCAUAAUGAAAACAUAAUGAAAUUUAAAAGUCAUUACUCCCUUGCCAAUUUUUCUAAUGUCCUUAAGUAUACAUACAGUGCAUGUAUUACAAGUUUGUAAAACAGCAAUAUGUUGACCUUUAAUCUUUUUCUUGGGGGAAGGGGUGGGGGGUGAUAGCAGUCCUUGACCAGUGUGAUUUGUAGGCUCUGCUGUGAAUAUACAUUAUGUAGGGAAAAUUAAUGCAUAAGUUGUGAAUUUGCUUCUUAGAUUGAAUUAUGUUGGUCUCUAACAUUUAUUUAUGAAAUGUCAUUAUUGUAUCAUUACUAAAAUUAAAGCGUGUAAAUGCAAAUAUAAAAAAAAUGUAUUGAUCACAAUAGUUGUUCUAAAUAUGAUGAAUCAGCAAUUAAAAUACAGUGAUUGGCAGAAAUGCACAGAAGUAGGUUAUUGCCAAUUGAACAUAAUUUAUCCUUAAAAUUAAUUUUCAAGUGACAUGAAGAGCCAUAAAAGAUUUUAUCAUCAUCUAUUUAAAAAAAAAUCAUUUAAAACCACUGACAAAACUGGCCUGAAUCAUCUGUAUGAGGGUCUACUUAAAAAAUGGGAUUUCUUUUGUCUCAGACCAACAAAUAUAUAUUUUGGAAGUAUAUCUAAGCUGUGUCCAGAUUCAACUGUUUCCUCUAUGUUGUUAUGAAACUUGCUGGGCAUCAAAUUUAUCUACAUUUUUUGUAAUUGCUUUUUUUGUCAGCAGUAUUAAUGGGUAAAUAGUAUAGACUACCAUAAACAAAAAGUCUAGAGGAAAAAUAAAUGUGACGAAGAUUAAUCAUUUUUAUAUAACUACAGUUUUUUAAUUAUAAGUAUCUCAAUGUAUAUUGAUUUAUAUAAAUCAAAUAAAUUAUAAAUUUUAUAAAAGGAUCAUAUUAUAAAAUUUAUUUUGACUUGCUAACUGCCAGUAUAUGAAUCCGAAAAUGGUUGAAAUUUAGAAUGUAAAUAUUUAAUGAUAUUUGAUAAUUAUGAUUAAAUCUCUUAGAAUUUAUAAGAUUUGGAGGAACAGAUAAAAGUUUUUAUAAAAUAUUUUGAAUUACCAAACAAGUACAGCAAUCUAUGAGUGUUUAUGAUUUCCUUUUAUCUUAAAAUUAUUAAUCAAUUGUCCAUUGAUUAAAUCACUUUUUGUGAAAAUAGAUUAUCAUUUCAACAUGUUUUUCAGUAAAAGUAGAUCAAAUAUUACUGAAUGAGUGAUUAUUUAGUUGUAGAUGUUGAUAAAUAAAUAACAGGAACAUGUUUGUUAAUAUUUGUAUACCACAGGUGGUUAUUCGUAAUGAUAUUGUUUUCUUGGUUUUUGAAUUAAAGUUGGAGAGGUCUGUAAAAAAGAGAGAAUCGGUGUAAACAAUGGGAUAUGGGACAAGCAGUGUAGGUCAAGGGAUGUUUAAGCUUGUUCAAAUUCAUUUUACUAGAAAGGGUAAAUGUGAAACUUUAUAUUAUAGUAAAUGAAUAUCCUUCAAGAGAUUUUUGUGACAACGUCUUCUUAUGCAAGUAAAUUUAGGGAUGCCUUCAUUAUUUAAUAACAUUUACAGAAGCUGAAACCAACAUUCAACUAUGUAUUGGUUGGUGUAGACAAUUCUACCAUCAAAUUAGAUAUGCUUCAGUAAAAAAUAUUAAAAGUUACCUGACAAAGCAUCCCUAAUGAUCACCCUUAAAUUAUUUUUUUGAAAUAAUAACGGUAUAUUACCCCUUGUGAGACAUUAUGCUUAGACUUACACUUCUAUUUCAAAGAUUUUUUUUUUUAUCAAAUUAGUAAAUACUGUCUGUCAGCAUUGAGCUUAUAGAUUUGUUUAAACAAAACGUCUUCAUAGCUUACAAGAAAGUAUAAUCAACUAUCUACAUCUACAGCUCAUGUGCACAUAUUCACUUGAUUUGCAUAAUAAACAGAGAAAUGAUUUAAUGAUCUGAAAGGUGAAUUUAUAAGCUCAAUGUAGAUGGCUAGUAUUGUUAAAAAUUCAGGAAAUUAUCGUUUUGUCUUCUAAUUUAGUAUAAGACAAAAGUACAAAUUUUCUUGGAAGAUGUUUAAUUUUGGUUAUUUUCUUUUUUUAAAGUAUGAAGUUUUUACCCAAUGUAAUGAUUACUGUAAUCUGUGAAUAAAAUGAAGAUCAUGACAGUUUCUAUUCUUAUACGUUGAUUAUUGAUGACUUGAAAAUUGGGAUACAGAUUAUUGAUGACUUGUAAAUUGGGAUACAGAUUACUUGUUUUCAAAAACAUUUUGAAAGAGUAAAAGAAGUGUUUUGUUGGGAAUUCCCUAAAAUGAUUGUAAACAUUUUCUUUGAAUUUGUCAAAUGAUGCAUUGAUAAGAUUUCAGUGUACUGUUUUUGUAACUUUCUAUUGUCUUGUAGAAAAUUUAUGUCAAUAAAAAAGAUUUAUGUUA